GAGGUCCCUCCCUUUGCUCCCCAGCUGGCUGCGGGGCUGACACUCUCCAGGACCAACCUCGGCGCUCCCAGUGCUCUCGUCCCCUCGGAUGCCACCCCCUGGGCACCCCGGGGGGCUGCAGCGCGGAGGGGGCGGAGCGAGCUGCGGACCCCCCCGCCCCCCCUUCGGUGCCGGCGGCCACAUGACCGGGCGGGCGCGGGGCCGGGCCGGGCUCUCACCGCCUACAAAUGCGGCGAUCCCGGAGCGGGGCCACCGCCUCCUGCGUGUCCGUGUCCCCGCGUGUCCGUGUCCCCGCGCCGGGCGGAGCAUGGCGGCGCGCCGCUGGCUGCUGGCGCUGCUGCUGCUCUUCUGCCUCGCGCUGAGCGCCGCGUCCGCGGGGCCUCUGGGAGCGGGGCUGGACGGGAUGGAUCCCGAGGACGGCCUCAUCCGAACGCUGGUGCGGCCACGGGGUGCGCGGCGUGGGAACGUGCGGCGGCCAGGAGGGUGGAGGAGGCUGCGCCGUCCCCGGCCACGGCUGUCCCAUAAGGGCCCCAUGCCCUUCUGAUGGAGGACCGCCGCCAGCGCUCCAAGGAUGCGUCCCCGCUGCCCGCUCUGCUCGUCCCUGAGCCCACCCCUGAGCUGGCAUCGCCUCCCUGCAGCUGUCCCUGGUGGCUCUGGCACCGUGUCCUCCCGGUGUGCCCGGUCCAGGGGCUCUGCAUAAAGCACUUUGUCCGGCGGAGGAGCUCUCCGUGGGGUCCUGCCCCAUCCCCUCCUGGAGGGGUCUAUUUAUUCCCAUGGUGCUGACCCCGUGUGAGCUGCUCUGUGGGGUUUCCACCCCCGGGGGUCUGCAGGAGGCACUGAUGUACCCCAAAAGGGCCGCAGCGGUGCCAGGCCCUUCUGGUCCCCACGUCUGUCACGUCUGUAAAGAAUUGUUCUGUGUAAAUACAUCUUUAUUAUAAAGAGCUAUGAUGACAAUAA